UGUGUUGCUUUAUCUUCCUGUUACGCAACUCCUGUUAUCCCAGGGGAUAAUAGUCACUAUGUAGAAGGGGAGAGCAGGUAUAUCUGGAUGCCGGAUGGUGAAGGAGUACCACAUCUGGUAGACCUUCAAGCUCCCGUUGAUGAACAGGCAUUAGCUUCAGCUAGGAACGGCGCCGACAACCAGUAUUGGCUUUUUACCAGGCGCAAUCCUAACAAUGCCCAAAUCCUUGUCAUCAACAACGCGAACAGCGUCUCGUCAUCCAACUACAAUGGUGCACUUCCUACAAAGGUGAUCGUCCACGGAUGGAACAACAACGGCAAUUCCCCAAUGAACCCGCUCAUCACUCAAGCUUUCCUAGCUGUAGGUGAUUUCAACGUUAUAGUUCUCGACUGGAGCCGCUUGGCUAACAACCCAUUAUACUCAACCGCCGCUGCGGGUGUCCCAAAUGUCGGACAACACCUUGGAAACUUCCUCAUCUGGCUAUUCAAUACGGCUGGUGGAAAUUGGAAUAACCUCCAUCUAGUCGGGUUCAGCUUGGGAGCUCAUGUCGUCGGCAACGCUGGACGCACAGCUUCGGGAAGACCAGGACGCGUAACAGGUUUGGACCCAGCUGGUCCAAGCUGGGGCGGGAAUUCCUUGGCUUUAAACACAAAUAGCGGCGUCUACGUCGAGUCCAUUCACACCGACGGUGGCUUCCUCGGCAUCAUGGAUGCGAUCUCUAAUGCAGAUUUCUAUCCAAACGGCGGAAAGAACCCUCAGCCUGGAUGCUGGAUUAGUACUUGCUCUCAUGGUCGUGCCCCAGAACUUUUUGCGUCAAGUGUGAGAACGAAUCAUUUCAUCGGUCGUCAGUGCGGUAACAUCUGGGAAGCCGAACUGAGCACCUGCAACGGAGGAUCAUUGCACAUGGGCAAUGCUGUGAUGGGUAAACGAGGAUCCGGGAUCUAUGGACUGCGCACGGGUUCAAACUGGCCGUUUUGA